UAGCAAAAGAUAUUAAUUCAACAUUGGAUUUUGGUUAGAUUGGUUAUUUUUGGUUGAGGUUGAAAAAUCAAUGUUGAUUCGAUGUGUUUUUACAAAUACCAUUUCAACGUUUGAAAAAAUGUUGUUGAAUCAAUGUAAUAUAGAUGCCGGUUUUUCAACGUUGAAAUUCCCUACAUUGAAUUGACAUUGUUUCAACGUGUGGCGCUAUCCCCUCUCGGGCGAGAUCAUGAUCCAGCGUCGGAGGCGGGGUCUGGUUCUUUCCUAUGAGAGCUGCUGUGCAUGAAGACAAAAUGGCCCAAGUUUUGAGAGAGCGAAACGUCACAGAUUACCCGUCAUGCCUGUUGCACGUUGCACGUUGCACUUAAUCUUGAAAGCACGUUGGUCACGUGAAAGAGCGAAAGAGGGUGUGGAGGAAGGCAGGCAGUUCAGUUGCCGUCAAGCCGCCUGAAGAGAAGAGACAGAUAUCACAAAUCGGAUUAUACUACAAGACGAGUCAAGGGGAUCACUGCAAUACACAAGGCCAAGUAAAGUAAUUAUAGCAGUGCCACCUCUCUUUACCUAAGAUGGCUUCUUAUUGGUCUAAAAGACGUAGAGUCAUCAGAACUGUAAGGGACAUGGAGAAAGAUAUCCUUAAGGAAUACGAGGAAACUCUUUCUAAUAACAAGUCACAUUUAGACCCCUGUGUGAAUAGGGAACCACCCUUCAGAAUCUCACACGUUUCCCAACUAGAUACACCACUAGCUUCCCAUGUACACAUGGAAAAUGAUCAUACUGAUGGUAGUUUAGCUGGAGAUGAUGACGUUGAAUCAGAUCAUGUACAAAUGGGAAAUGAUCAUACUGAUGGUAGUGUGGCUGGGAAUGUUGAAUCAGAUUCUGACUCCGACAGCCAUGACGAGCAUCAGCUUAGUCAGGAUCUGCUUAUGAGGAGCCUAAGAUAUUGGGCAACAUCCUACUCAAUCAAUCUGGUUGCUUUGUCUGCUCUGCUGUCCAUCUUAAAGCUUUUUCACCCUAUGCUCCCUAAGGAUGGAAGAACUCUGCUUAGAACACAACAUGAUGUUGCAACCACUCAAAUGCAAGGUGGCGAGUACUACCAUUUUGGAUUGGUGCAAGGGAUACUUUCACGAUUGAAAUGUUUGAGUUUACCAGUGAGCCUCAGAACUCUUACUUUACAGUUCAACAUAGAUGGUCUCCCUCUCUUUAAGAGUUCAAGACUUCAAUUCUGGCCUAUACUUGCAAUUCUGAAAUGUGAUUAUACUAAGUCCCCAUUUAUUGUCGGUAUCUUUUGUGCUUUAAGCAAGCCCAAGUGUGUUGUUGAGUAUCUGCAGCAAUUUAUUAGCGACCUUAAAAAUGUACUGGCUAAUGGCGUUGUUCAUAAUGGUAACCGAUUGAAAGUACUGGUUUCCUCAUUUGUGUGUGAUGCUCCAGCCAGAGCCUACGUUAAGAAUAUCAAGUCACAUAAUGGCUAUUCAGGGUGUGACAAGUGUGAUCAACAUGGUGUGUGGAGGAAGAAAAUGACUUAUCCUGAAACAAAUGUCAGGCUCAGGACAGACUCAAGUUAUUGUGAUAUGAUUGAUGAAGAACAUCACUUGAAACAGACACUCAGUCCUUUAACAGGGACAGUAAAGAUGGUUUCUUCAUUCCCAAUAGAUUAUAUGCACCUCUGUUGUCUUGGUGUGAUGAGAAAACUGUUGAAUAUGUGGUUAAAGGGCAAUCUAGCCACUAGGCUUCCUUCACAAACUGUUAACAGUAUAUCAAGCAAACUGCUGGGGUUACAUUCCCACACCCCUUGUGAAUUCAAUCGCAAGCCAAGGGGUUUGAAUGAGCUGGAUCGUUGGAAAGCUACAGAGCUCCGAUCCUUCAUACUGUACUGGGGCCCUGUAGUUCUGAAGGAUUGCCUUCCCAGUGAGAUUUAUGACAACUUUAUGUUGUUUUCAGUGGCCAUGUAUUUGUUUUUGUCUCCUGGAAUUUCUGGCCAAAAGGUUGAAUUAGCGCAUAGAUUGAUGAUUUCCUUUGUGGAACACUUUGGACAGUUGUAUGGCAGGGAUCAGAUUGUGUUCAGUGUACACCAGCUUAUACAUUUAGCCGAUGAAUACAAACAAUUUGGACCUUUAGAUAAUGUUUCAGGAUUCCCUUUUGAGAAUUAUCUUGGCCAAAUAAAGCAUCUUUUACGCAAGCCACACCAACCUCUACAACAGGUGGUCAAAAGGUUGUCAGAACAGCCACGUUGUGAGGUUCCAUUACCAACAGAUGAACCAGUCUUACAGAAAAUCCACACUGAUGGUCCACUCCCUCAACAUUUCGGUGUUGCUGUACAGUACACAAAGGUCUCCAGUAGUCGUUUUACUUUGUCUACAAAGCAGGGGGAUAAUUGUAUUGAGGUGGGACAUAGUAUUGCAGUAGUGCAGAAUAUAGUCCAGGAAGAAGAUGAGGUAUAUGUGAUCUACAAAAGGUUCAGACACCAAGAAUCAUAUUACACUUAUCCCUGCGAGUCCUCAUGCAUAGGUACAUACAAGGUUAGAGAGUUGUGUGACAAUAUCGGGGUUGGUAAACUUGGAUGUAUCAAACGUAAAUGUGUUCUGUAUCCAGAGUCAGAAGGAAAUGGCCUCAUAGCUAUUCCAAUAGCUCAUAUGCAGUAGCAUACCGCUCAUACU